UUUCCUUCGUUUUUCUCCCCCUUUUUCUCGAUAACUUAUCAAAUCUGGAUUAUACAGUUGCAAGUAGAUACUGAUCCGUUCCGAAAGCCCAAACGACACGUAUUCGGUAUUCCUUCCCCACCUCAAGACUCAGAUAUAUAUACACUACUGCAAAAGCGCAGAGCAAAGCAACAAUGGAAGUAAUCGAACACUUGGAGCUGCGGGCGUGUGGCUAUGGGAGAGAAAACUUGGCUUUGGAGAAAUAAAGGAAACCCUUCCAAGUUCAAUCAAACAGAGUAUUGGGAACGAAACUUCAAUGAUUUUGAACCCCGCUUCCAGUUUCUACUAUAUUGUCUGGUUUCCUCUCCCGUGAUGACGCGUUCUAUGGCGAUGGCUUCUUCCACCUUCUCAUCUAUUUGCUUCACUUAUUCAUAUCUCAUGGAACAUCAUCGCCUACUUCUAAACCCCUUGUUCUGCUUCCUGUUCUUUGCCCUCUGCCUUGUCUCCCUUUGCGUGCUUUUCCCUUCCAUGUUUAAAAGAUUGAAAAGAAUAAAAGAAGAGGAAGAGAAAGAGGAAGAAGAAGAAGAAGAAGAAGAAGAAGAAGAAGAAGAAGCAGCAGCGGCGGCGGCAGUUGAAAUAUCGGCUCAGAACCCUUACUCCAUUGUCACAUACUCUCCACCGAACACCACCGAUAAAGCCCAUCAGACCCAUCCGCUAAUUGUAGAGAUACUCUCCUCCGAUCCCUCCAAAUGGGCUUCUUUUCUUUCUUCUCUCCCUUCUCAUUUGUCCCUUAAUGAUAGCGGGAAAAUCGUUGUUAGCCAGUUCUCUGAUGUGCCCAAGGUUGAUAACGAUGAGGGCGAUUCUGUCGCCCAGGAUUUAAUGAAAAUUGGGGACCAGAGGGGGAAGAAGAAGAAGAAGAGGGCCAAGAAGAAGCGCCAGAAUUCCCCUUCCGACGAUGGUGCCGAAGAUGGGCGUCUUCAGAACAAAAUAUCUAUUGCACAGGUCAAGAAUGAUUUGGAUUGUUUAUAUCCCUUCACCUCCCUGUCCAGUGUAACGCAGAGAAAGAUCAAGCAGCAGUAUGAUCAACUUGUUAAGGCCCACGAUUCCCAGUCCUUAACAUUGGCCCAGGUUUGCCACUUCGCCAAUUGCUUGAUUGAAGCCAGGAAUGAGUUGCAGCACAAGUCUGAGAUCAUUCAACGGAAAUUUACAAUAACGAAGGCUCUACUAUUCAAGGCAGACAGGUCUUCAUUUGAUCGUCUUUGUCAACAGGUAUACAAGUUAGAGGCAGAACAAAAGAGAUUAGAGGAGGAUGCAGUUGUCUAUAAUCGGCUUCAGUUACAGCUUAAACUCUCACCAGCCUUCAAGAAAAUGCUUGAAAUUGGUUCCCGUGUGGAGUUGAAGGCUGCUUCCGAUCAGCUGGUAGAAAGCAGAGACACAGAAUUUGCUGAUAUCUCAUUUGAGGAGUUGCUAGCACAAGAAAAGAAGGAUUCAUUCUGGCAAAGAAAUGGAAAGCUGAGGUCAUGCACAAGUUAGUGGCCGGCCAUGUUCACUUAGCUGACUGAUGCUGCCAUAGACCCUGGUUCUUCUUGUUGAGCAGUAUGUGUAUCUGACACUCUGAAGUUUUGCAAGGGUGUAGGAUUUUUUGGCUGCUUUCCUCUGUUACGUCUUCCCUGCCGCUUACCCCUUCUACUUCAUUUUAUAUGCCUACUCAAAGCUAAUCCUUUGUAACAGCCAAGAUUUUUCAGUUUGGAGUAACGAACAGGUCACUCCAAUAAUCUGAUAACACUCUUUACCAUGCUGUACAGAAAUCUAACCCCUUUGCCAUGGCAUUCCAAUGCAAACCAACAAGUCACUUCCUUGCUUCUGAGUUCUGAUUGACAAAACAAAUAAAUGUUAGUUUUCCAAACAUGAGAGGAGAGAUUAAUCCAUUAUUCUUAAUUUGUUAUCCCUGUUCUUGAAGAUGAUAUCUUCUGAUAUUUUAACCUCCAGGAGGGAGUUACAUGUUUCUUAGUUCAUCCUCUUUCCAUGAAGAAGGAAGUUUCAACCAAAUAUUGGUUAACAUGGCCACUUUUCAAACAUGUUUAUUGGAGAACACAGAAUAUUUGCAGUGCCAAAUUGCAUUUCAACUCCGUUUGAUUGUGAGGGAAAUUAGGAAAGGGAAGGGAAGCAACAAAUUUGAAACUUUUUUUUUUUUGGGGUCAUGAAUACCUAACAUGGUUGUAUAAAAUAUUUAAAAUUUUUUCCAUAUUUUAGUAAUAAUAUUUUUUGAUGUAAUUGUUAUUUUACAUUUUUGUUUGGAAGGAUUAUGAUUCCAAGUAAUGUGAAAUUUAAUAACUAAAUUUAGAA